CAUUGGUUGUGUCAUUUCCUCCUCUUCACAUGUGGCUAUGGAGAACGUGAGAAAAGGGGAGGAAUCGGAGGAGGUAGAGAUCGACUUGGAUUCCAGCGAUGAGUUUGAGAACGGAGAGGAUCCUGAGGUUUUGUGGAAGAAGGCGCCCCCUGUGUUUGAAGAAGAGGAGAACAUUCACACGUCGGCUUUAGUGGAAAUCAGUGACACCAAACCAUUGAUAAAUUCCAGAGAUCCGAGAGGCAUCAAUGACACUCUCAAGGUGACAUUUGAGGACGUGAUUGCUGAGCCUGUGUCCGUGCGCAGUGGGGACCGUGUUUGGGUGUGGAGCCACGCCCUGUUUGAAGUGUCCCGGGUUUGGAUCUACAGAGUAGUGUCUGUGCUGCUGGCCAUCCCUCUGUCCAUCAUCACUGGACUGCUGUUUGCCCUGCUCAGCUGCCUGCACAUAUGGAUGGUGGGCCCGUGUAUCCAGUGUGUCCUGAUUGGCACUCAUUGGCUGCAGAGUUUGUGGAGUAUUGUGAUGGAGGUCAUAGUUCAGCCCCUCUUCACCAGCGCUGGACGGUGCUGUGGAGGGUUCAGCAUUCACUUGGCCAAAGAAUGACACCAAUAAAAGAACUUUGGUAGAUUUUUUGUUUACG